UUAACUGUCAACAUGACUAUUAAGGUUGUAGUGGUGGCUGUCGUUGUGGCUGUUGCCUUGGCUCGUCCGGAACUUGUGCAGGAAUACGUGGCUCCAGCUCGCCCUGCACCCUCCUACAAUGUCCCCGCUUAUCCAAAAGUAUCCAACUCUGCUGCAGCUUAUCCUGAUAGUCCUGCACAAUACAACUCACAGUUCACCGUGAAAGACGACUCCGGAAACGACUUUGGUCACCAAGAAUCUCGCGACGGCUACGACACUAAGGGUACAUAUUAUGUCCAGCUUCCCGACGGUCGCGUACAGAAGGUGAAUUACGUCGUGAGUGGCGACUCCGGCUUCGUACCUCAAGUAAGCUAUGAGGGAGAGGCUCAGUACCCAGCCUACCAACCUACCCAGGCAUACAAGACAACCCCAGCCUACCAACCCACCCCGCCAAAAAGCCUGCUAAAACCUAUAACCCUGAGCCAACCUAUGCAUAAAUUAAACUUAAUUAUCUGUUAUUAUUUAUUAGAAUUAUUGCAACGAGAGCUUGAAUAA